UAUAUACAGUCAUCAUCACUUGGAAGGGAUGCAAAUCUUAUCACACCAUUUAAUUUUCCGACGCUCAAAAGAAAGAAAAAAUCAUGGACUCAUCUACAAUCGAGCAGAUCAGCAAAAUACAACUGAUAUAUGAUGCCUGUAAUGCUGUAUUUUCUCAGAAGGAGCUUCCAAAUUUCCAACAAAUUCAAUGGCUGAGGAAUCUCCUAGACAUAACCACAGCCAUAGAUCUUGGAAUCGACGAAUUUGGCCUCUGUGGAUCUCCGCCAACAAGCCCAAAAAGUGUCGAGGGAUUGAUUUGUGGGCAAGGCGUCCGUAACAUUACUUACAUUCAUAUUCAUGAAUGUGACAAUUUCUCUAUGGGCGUGUUUUGCUUCCCAGCAGGCGGGGUGCUUCCUCUUCAUGAUCACCCUGGGAUGACUGUCUUUACCAAACUCCUCUAUGGAUCUGUUUAUGUCAAAGCUUACGAUUGGGUGAAAGUGAUGAAUUCUGGCUGCCAAACGUUUGGAUUGGCAUCCAGAGCGGUAGAUGGCAUUUUCAAGGCGCCAUGUGAAGCUUCUGUCCUCUUUCCAAGAAGCGGUGGUAACAUUCAUUCUUUCACUGCGCUGACUCCUUGUGCCAUCUUGGAUGUGUUAUCUCCACCAUAUUCUGAAGAGCUUGGAAGGCCUUCCACUUAUUUCUCAGACUUCCACAUCCCAUCACUGCCUGGCUAUGCUAUGCUCGAGGAAAAGGACCUGCCAGACGAUCUAGUCGUUACCGGAGCACCUUACGUUGGCCCUCGAAUUAAUGUCGCCUAAAAAAGGACCUAUAUAUGUUUGUUGCCAGGCAGAAUGCCUAAAAUAUAUGUGGUGUGUAUAUGUAAUACAUGUUGGCCUUAGCUAGAUAAUAUGCGUCAUGCGUGUGUAUGCAGAUCGCGCCGAAGAUUUGGCAACGAGCAUGGGAUCGAUGUUUGUUAACCGAACGCAGAAUAGAGACGAGGACUUGGAACUGCCGUUGCCAUAAGGGAAUUAUAAAUUUAUGACAACUUGUCUUGCGUCUAGGAUUUGGAAGGACUCUAGGGGAACAUGCACAUCACACAUCAAUAAAAUAUAUAUUAUUCCACGCAUUUUGGUCCCAAAUGAUGUCAUGUGGGCUAACCCCUUUAACCUGAAAAUAACCUAUCAAAAUUUUUCAAAGGCCCAGUAGUUACUGCUUUGUCUGUGCAUGAUCAUAUGUUCUCCAAUUGGAUGAUCUCAAGCUCUAAGGAGAUAUUUUAUGGAUAAAAAGAUAUUUUAUGAU